AUUAAAUAUUCAAAGAUGAAAAAUUUCAUCAAUAAAUAUCGCGAUUGAACAAUUGACAAUUAUAAUUUUCAAAGCAGCAACAAAGUGAAGUUGUAAAAGUAUUAAAUUAAAAAAGACUUCGAAUGAACCAAAGACAAAUACUCGUUGGCCUUCCUUCUUGAAUGAAAAAGCAAAAAUCUAUAUACAUUGGUAUAGUUAAACGUAAUUAUUUUCAUAAGAUUUGCUGAAGUGAAUUCAAAGUGACAACCUAGAUUGAAUGUGCAUAAGCAUGUGGAUUUUAUUAGCGCUAUUCGCGAUGGACGUUGUUGCCAACGACAACUUACGCGUCGCUUAUCAAUGGAAGCAAAUUGACUUCGAAUAUCCAAACAUUGGCGAGCGUCAAGCGGCAAUAACAAACUCAACAUUUAUUUCGGAGAAUGUGGUUCCAGUUGGAUUGGAAGUUUAUAAGAAUCGAUUGUUCAUCACGCUACCGCGAUGGAAGAAGGGCGUCCCAGCAUCUCUCGCAUACAUCGACUUAAACGAUAAUUUUACGCAAUCACCAGCUUUGAAACCUUAUCCUAGUUGGUCAGCCCAUCGAGUUACAAAUGAUGAAGUCCCAGAAAUAAUUUCACCGUUUCGUGUCAGGGCCGACAAUUGUGGUCGACUUUGGGUUUUGGAUACAGGCGUUGAAAACAUAGCAAAUGAAGCGAAUGCAACAGUUUUAUCACCAACUCGGCUUCUCAUUUACGAUCUUCACAAUGAUAAUCUUUUGAGAAGCUACAAAUUCCCAGACGAUCAUAUAAAAGAUUCUUCGUUCUUUGUAAGUAUUGCAGUGGAAGAUGAAAAUUGUGACGACAGCUACGCGUACAGUGCCGACUUAGGAAAACCUGGUUUGGUUAUUUAUUCAUGGAAAUCGCAAUCUUCAUGGCGCAUGACUCAUAACUUCUUCCAUCCUGAUCCAACAGCCGGAAAUUUCAGCAUCAAUAACAUUACGUUCCAGUGGGAAGAUGGACUCUUUGGAUUGGCUUUAUCAAAACCUCAGCCUCCUGAUAAUCAUCCGACUCUUUACUUCCAUCCUUUUGUAUCAAUGGACGAGUUCCAAGUGUCAACAAAGUUCUUGAAAAAUGAAACUCUUGCCACAUCCAAUGAAAUUUAUAAAGAAUUUAAGAGAAUCGGUUCUCGUGGUCCCAACGGUCAAUCCAGUGUUGAAUUUCUUGACAAGAAAACUGGCGUCUUAUUCUACACUUUACCGAAUCUAAAUGCAAUUGCGUGUUGGAAAACAUCUAACAAAGAAUAUACUUUGAAAUCUCAAGGUCGAAUCUUCAUGGACCCUGUUCUGAUGGAAUUUCCGAACGAUGUAAAAGUUGAUGACCAGUCACGUCUUUGGGUUCUAUCAGAUCGCUUGCAAAAGUUUUUGUACUCGGAAUUGGAUUCAAAUGAAAUAAACUUCCGUAUUCUUACAGCGACAGUUCAAGAUGCCAUAAGUCAUACUGCAUGCGAUCCUAAAACUAAACGACUACCCGAUAUUAUUAAUAAGUUGAGUGAUCUUAUUAAAACAACAGCGAAGCCUUCAACCAAGUCGAAUGCUGAGAAGUUUUAUGCGAGUGGAUUAAUUGUUUUGUCUUCAAUUCUUAUGAGAACAGUUUUUUGAAGGCUUCAACUGUAAAUUCACAAAAUUAGAACUUUGUUUGUCACUCAAACAUUUAGUGCUUGUAAAUCUUCUUCAAUGUUUCUAUGGUUCAUAUCAAAAUGAUUAUGGAUAAGUAAAUGUAGAAAUAUUUAUUCAUUUGAUCAACCCUACUCAUUUCUGAUAAUAUUAAAUAAAAUUAAUAGCAAUUUUAGCUUCAAGCCUUUAGUAUGUGGUAAAAUAUUAUGACAAAAAUUAUCCCAACUUGAUCUAAUUUAAAGAGUAAAAUUUAAGCAUUUUAAUAGAAAAUUAGUUUAUGCAUAAAAUGCAACAAUAUUCAACAUCAACAUGAAGCUUAGUGAACGGCAGUGUUGCUUUUUUGAUUUUCUAACAAACAUCGAACAAGUAAAUUGACUUUUUUCUUAGAUUUUCUUGCUUUUCAACUGUUUUUAAAUAAGUUCUUAACGAAAAAAAUAAAUAAAAUAAAAGUAAUCAAAUUACAACAAUUAAAUAAAGAAUAAAAGAUUUGCCUU